CAUCGCGAGUGUCCUUGAGCCGCGGGUGACGGUGGCUCUCGCUGCUCGCGCCCCCUCCUCCCGCGGGGGGAGCCUGAUGCCACGUUCCCUAUGAAUUAUUUAUCGCCGGCCUAAAAAUACCCCGAACUUCACAGCCCAAGUGACCCUCCCGUGGACAUGGGUGGGGCCCUGGGGCCAGCCCUCCUGCUCACCUCGCUGCUCGGUGCCUGGGCAGGGCCAGGCCCUGGGCAGGGCACACAGGCAGUGACGGUGGCUGUGGUGUUUGGCAGCUCAGGGCUGCCACAGGCCCGUGUCCGCCUGACCCCCCAGAGCUUCCUGGACCUGCCCCUGGAGAUCCAGCCGCUCACCGUGGGGGUCAACAGCACCAACCCUAGCAGCCUCCUCACCCAGAUCUGCAGCCUCCUGGGUGCCGCCCGCGUCCAUGGCAUCGUCUUUGAGGACAACGUGGACACUGAAGCAGUGGCUCAGAUCCUGGACUUCAUCUCUUCCCAGACUCAUGUGCCCAUCCUCAGCAUCAGCGGGGGCUCUGCUCUGGUCCUCACCCCCAAGGAGCCGGGCUCCGCCUUCCUGCAGCUGGGCGUGUCCCUGGAGCAGCAGCUGCAGGUGCUGUUCAAGGUGCUGGAGGAGUACGACUGGAGCGCGUUCGCCGUCAUCACCAGCCUGCACCCGGGCCACGCGCUCUUCCUGGACGGCGUGCGCGCCGCGGCCGACGCCAGCCACCUGAGCUGGCGGCUGCUGGACGUGCUCACGCUGGAGCUGGGCCCGGGCGGGCCGCGCGCGCGCACCCAGCGCCUGCUGCGCCAGCUCGACGCGCCGGUGUUCUUGGCCUACUGCUCGCGCGAGGAGGCCGAGGUGCUCUUCGCCGAGGCGGCGCAGGCCGGCCUGGUGGGGCCCGGCCACGUGUGGCUAGUGCCCAACCUGGCGCUGGGCAGCACCGACGCGCCCCCCGCCGCCUUUCCCGUGGGCCUCAUCAGCGUCGUCACCGAGAGCUGGCGCCUCAGCCUGCGCCAGAAGGUCCGCGACGGCGUGGCCAUCCUGGCCCUGGGCGCCCACGGCUACCGGCGACAGCACGGCGCCCUGCCCGCCACGGCUGGGGACUGCCGCGGCCAUCCCGGGCCCGUCAGCCCUGCCCGGGAGGCCUUUUACAGGCACCUACUGAAUGUCACCUGGGAGGGCCGAGACUUCUCCUUCAGCCCUGGUGGGUACCUGGUCCAGCCCACCAUGGUUGUGAUCGCCCUCAACCGGCACCGCCUCUGGGAGAUGGUGGGGCGCUGGGAGCACGGUGUCCUGCACAUGAAGUACCCGGUGUGGCCUCGCUACAGUGUCUCCCUGCAGCCUGUGGUAGACAGCCGGCACCUGACGGUGGCCACGCUGGAAGAGCGGCCCUUUGUCAUUGUGGAGAGCCCCGACCCUGGCACCGGUGGCUGCGUACCCAACACCGUGCCCUGUCGCAGGCAGAGCAACCACACCUUCAGCAGCAGUGACGUGGCCCCCUACACCAAGCUUUGCUGUAAGGGCUUCUGCAUCGACAUCCUCAAGAAGCUGGCCAAGGUGGUCAAGUUCUCCUAUGACCUGUACCUGGUGACCAACGGCAAGCAUGGCAAGAGGGUGCGCGGUGUGUGGAACGGCAUGAUCGGGGAGGUGUACUACAAGCGGGCAGACAUGGCCAUCGGCUCCCUCACCAUCAAUGAGGAGCGCUCUGAGAUCGUGGACUUCUCCGUGCCCUUUGUGGAGACGGGCAUCAGCGUGAUGGUGGCUCGCAGCAAUGGCACCGUCUCCCCCUCGGCCUUCCUGGAGCCCUACAGCCCCGCCGUGUGGGUGAUGAUGUUCGUCAUGUGCCUCACCGUGGUGGCCAUCACCGUCUUCAUGUUCGAGUACUUCAGCCCCGUCAGCUACAACCAGAACCUCACCAGAGGCAAGAAGUCCGGGGGCCCGUCCUUCACCAUUGGCAAGUCCGUGUGGCUGCUGUGGGCGCUGGUCUUCAACAACUCGGUGCCCAUCGAGAACCCCCGGGGCACCACCAGCAAGAUCAUGGUCCUGGUCUGGGCCUUCUUUGCCGUCAUCUUCCUCGCCAGCUACACGGCGAACCUGGCAGCCUUCAUGAUCCAGGAGCAGUACAUCGACACCGUGUCGGGCCUCAGUGACAAGAAGUUUCAGCGGCCUCAGGACCAGUACCCACCCUUCCGCUUCGGCACAGUGCCCAACGGCAGCACGGAGCGGAACAUCCGCAGCAACUACCGCGACAUGCACACCCACAUGGUCAAGUUCAACCAGCGCUCGGUGGAGGACGCGCUCGCCAGCCUCAAGAUGGGGAAGCUGGACGCCUUCAUCUAUGACGCUGCUGUCCUCAACUACAUGGCGGGCAAGGACGAGGGCUGCAAGCUGGUCACCAUUGGGUCUGGCAAGGUCUUUGCCACCACUGGCUACGGCAUCGCCAUGCAGAAGGACUCCCACUGGAAGCGGGCCAUAGAUCUGGCACUGCUGCAGUUCCUGGGGGACGGAGAGACACAGAAGCUGGAGACGGUGUGGCUCUCGGGGAUCUGCCAGACCGAGAAGAAUGAGGUCAUGAGCAGCAAGUUGGACAUUGACAACAUGGCCGGCGUCUUCUACAUGCUGCUGGUGGCCAUGGGGCUGGCGCUGCUGGUCUUCGCCUGGGAGCACCUGGUCUACUGGAAGCUGCGGCACUCGGUGCCCAGCACGUCCCAGCUGGACUUCCUGCUGGCUUUCAGCAGGGGCAUCUACAGCUGCUUCAAUGGGGUGCAGAGCCUGGCCAGCCCCCCGCAGCCGCCCAGCCCGGACCUCACGGCCAGCUCGGCCCAGGCUAGCGUGCUCAAGAUGCUGCAGGCGGCGCGCGACAUGGUGACCACGGCGGGCGUGAGCAGCUCCCUGGACCGCGCCACGCGCACCAUCGAGAAUUGGGGCGGCGGCCGCCGUGCGCCCCCGCCACCCGCCUGCCCGGCCCUGCAGCCCGGCCCUGGCCCACGCUCGCCGACCCCCGGCCCGGCCCCCGAGCCGAGUCCCACGGGCUGGGGGCCGCCGGGCGGGGGUCGCACCGCGCUGGCGCGCAGAGCCCCGAAGCUCUCGGGCCGCCCCUCAACGGCCGGGUCGCCCCUGCCCGACGUCUCCCGGGUGUCACGCCGGCCCGUUUGGGAGGCGCGGUGGCCCGUGAGGGCCAGGCACUGCGGGCGGCAUGUCUCGGCCUCGGAGCGGCGCGUGCUGCCAGAGCGUCCCCUAUCGCCCGCGUGCUGUCACUACAGCUCCUUCCCUCGAGCCGACCGAUGCGGGCGCCCCUUCCUCCCGCUCUUCCCGGAGCCCCCGGAGCCGGAGGACCUGCCGCUGCUCGGGCCGGAGCAGCUGGCCCGGCGGGAGGCCCUGCUGCGCGCGGCCUGGGCCCGGGGCUCGCGCCCGCGCCACGCUUCCCUGCCCAGCUCGGUGGCGGAGGCCUUCGCCCGGCCCAGCUCGCUGCUUGCCGGGUGUCCGGGCCCCGCCUGCGCCCGCCCCGACGGCCGCCCGGCCUGCAGGCGCUUCGCGCAGGCGCAGUCCAUGCGGCUGCCGUCCUACCGGGAGGCCUGCCUGGAGGGCGUGCCGGCGGGUGUCCCCGCCUGGCAGCACCAGCGGCAUGUCUGCCUGCACGCCCAUGCCCACCUGCCGUUUUGCUGGGGGGCUGUCUGCCCUCACCUCUCACCCUGUGCCAGCCAUGGCCCCUGGCUCACUGGGGGCUGGGGUCCUGUGGGUCACAGGGGCAGGACUCUGGGGCUGAGCACAGGCUACAGGGACAGUGGGGGACUGGAUGAAGUCAGCAGGGUAGCCUGUGGGACACAAGGCUUGCUGGGACCCUGCACCUGGAGGCGGAUCUCUAGCUUGGAGUCAGAAGUGUGAGGUAUCAGCCACUCUGGUUCCUGGUCCGCUGGGUUCUCUG